CACACACCCUAAUUUCCCUAAUCGUCCUGGUUUUUGCAAACCCCAUCAACAGCACUUGAGCGAAAUUCCAAAGCAAAUUCAAAAUUCAGAGACUAGCAUCAAUCCGUACUUUUCUAUUGCUCUUCCAUUCUCACCAUGUCCCAGAGCGUGGCUGGAGUUGAUAAUACAUUCAGAAAGAAAUUUGAUCGGGAAGAGUAUGAAGAACGAGCUCGCGAACGAGAAAGACAGGAGGAGGAGGAUAGUCGGAAAUCUAAAUUUAAAGGACCUCCGGUGCAAAGACAACCAUUGAAACGCAGAGAUUAUGAAGUCGAUCUCGACUCUAGAUUGGGGAAAACUCAGGUGGUUACUCCAAUAGCACCUCUAAGUCAGCAGGCUGGAUACUUCUGCUCAGUUUGUAAAUGUGUUGUAAAAGAUUCCGCGAAUUACUUGGACCACAUAAAUGGGAAAAAGCAUCAAAGAGCUCUGGGUAUGUCAAUGCGAGUAGAAAGGGCAUCUCUUCAACAGGUUCAAGAAAGGUUCGAAGCUCUGAAGAAACGUAAAGUUGAAGGAGUCUUUACAGAGCAAGACCUAGAUGAGCGGAUCCUUAAGCAGCAACAAGAAGAGGAAGAGCGCAAGCGCCAGCGGCGAGAAAAAAAAAAAGAGAAGAAGAAAGAGAAGUCUAAAGAGGAAGAGUCCGAGGAAGUAGACCCUGAUGUUGCAGCGUUGAUGGGAUUUGGAGGUUUUGGUUCAUCUAAAAAAAGUGCUUGAUUUUUCCUUAUUUUUGGAACAAAAUAUUUGAUUGCAUUAAAGAGGAAACUGAGUGAAUACGUGGUAGCUACAAGUAUAUGAGUUUCAAACUUUCAAUCACAAGUACCUAGAAACUUGUGAUAAAAAUGUGAUCCAUUAAACUAUAAAUGUCUAACUCUGCUGAUAAUCUUGCUCAUGAGCCAAAGGUUUACCUUGUUUUUUUAUUUCUGCAGUA